CUGGGAAAGUUGAGGCCGCUCUGCCGCCGGGUCUCCGGCCUUGAGGGCUAGGGCUCGCUGCGGCUGCGGUGGCCGCAAGAAGAGGCAGCGGGGGCGGGGGGAGAGGAGGGCUUGGGCCCGCGCUCCCCCAGCCCCGGAGGAGCAGGCAGCGGCUGCGGACGGGGAGAUUCGUCCGGGCGGUCACAUACCCCUGCUUUCCCCGUCUGGGAUCAUGACCCAGGCGGGGGUCCCCGCCGCCGCCACCCUCGCGGCCGAGAGCGCGCAGUUGGCGGUAAGAAGAAAGCAUAACCUAUAGAACAUCUUCUGGCAGAAGAUGAUAGAUGUGGAUCAGAAACAGGAAGUGCUGGAAGCCAGAAAUCAAAAGUGAAGAAACUCUGUAAGCCCUGUGUGAGAAAGGUUCCUGUCACUUUCACCAUGCCAGAAAUGACAAAGCAUGAGACGCCUACAAAAAAACAGCACGGAAAAAAAAACCGGGAGACACACAAUGCAGUGGAGAGGCAUAGAAAGAAGAAAAUCAAUGCUGGGAUAAACAGAAUAGGAGAACUGAUUCCAUGUUCCCCUGCUCUGAAGCAGAGCAAGAAUAUGAUCCUGGACCAAGCCUUUAAAUAUAUAACAGAAUUGAAAAGGCAAAAUGAUGAGCUUCUGCUUAAUGGAGGAAACAAUGAACAAGCUGAAGAAAUCAAAAAGCUUCGGAAACAACUAGAAGAAAUCCAAAAAGAAAAUGGCCGAUAUAUUGAAUUGCUGAAGGCAAAUGAUAUAUGCUUAUAUGAUGACCCCACAAUCCACUGGAAAGGCAACCUUAAAAACUCAAAGGUGUCUGUUGUUAUUCCGAGUGACCAGAUCCAAAAAAAUAUCAUUGUUUAUUCAAAUGGGAGUCAGCCUGGUGGAAACAGCCAGGGAACAGCUGUUCAGGGGAUAACCUUUAAUGUUGGUCAUAAUUUACAAAAACAAACCGCCAAUGUGGUGCCAGUACAGAGGACUUGCAAUCUUGUGACUCCUGUGUCUAUUUCUGGAGUUUACCCUUCUGAAAACAAGCCGUGGCAUCAGACCACAGUUUCUGCAUUGGCUGCCAACCAGCCUGUUCCCCUUUGUCUUCCUGCUACAAUUUCUACUCAAAAUUUUCUUGAGCUUGCCACCUCUGAAAGUGAAUCAAGUGUGCUCGGUACCACUGGUGGCUCACUAAUUGCUGUUUCAGUUGGGCCUGAACCUCACCAACAUCAUUCCUUGCACACAUGUCUAAAUGAUCAAAAUGAUUCCGAAAAUAACAGUGGGCAAGAGAACCCCAAAUUAUCAAAGCAAACAGCCCCUUGUGCUAUAAGCUUCCCCCCCAGCAGCUCAACAACUGCCACUAAAGUGCACCAUGGAACAAAGUCCUGCCUGAGCAAACAGGACUUCAGAGGUGAUUUGCAAAGCACCUUUGUUGUUGCAGUUACCACCACAGUCUGCUCCCAGCUUCCCAGAUCUACAGGUGAUUCUUCUCCAGUGAGCAUUAACAAGAGCACUGACUCGACAAGUACAACCUCAGUGGUUGCACCAUCUGUCCCUGGAGUAGGAAAGACCACCACUGCAAUAAGCACUCUUUCUGCAAAUGCUUUGGAAAGUGGUUGGACUCUUUCUUGUUCUUUGCCUUCUUCAAGUGUUAGUGCUUCAGAUUUGAAAAAUAUUAGUAGCCUUACUCGAAUUUCUUCAGCUGGAAACACACAGACAACAUGGACUACUUUGCAACUGGCAGGAAACACUAUUCAGCCCUUAAGCCAGACACCAUCUUCCACUGUGACUCCAGUAUUAAGUGAGUCUGGUACCAGCCCUACCACAGGAAACCACAGUAGACAUGUGACUACAGGCAUCAGUUUAAAUAAUUCCCUUCCAGCAGAUGGGCAGCCAGUUGAGCAAGUAGUGGUAACCUUGCCUUCUUGUUCAUCUUUACCUAUGCAGCCACUAAUUGCCCAGCCACAAGUUAAAGCUCAGCCUCCAAAAAAUAUCCUUCCACUGAAUUCAGCAAUGCAAGUGAUUCAGAUGGCUCAGCCAGUUGGGUCAGCUGUCAAUGCAGCUCCAGCUAACCAAAAUGUUAUCAUUCUUCAGCCACCUAGCACGACCCCAUGUCCAACAGUGAUGAGGGCAGAGGUUCCCAGCCAGACAGUAGGUCAACAGAUUGUCAUCAUACAGGCAGCUAACCAGAAUCCAUUGCCACUCCUCUCUGCUCCCCCUCCUGGUUCUGUUCGACUCCCUGUCAAUGGAGCCAGUGCUAUAAUAGGGUCUCAUAAUUCACUGCAAAAUGUUUCAACUCCCCAGACUUUUGGAGGAAAGCAUCUUGUCCACAUAUUACCAAGACCUUCAUCUUUAUCCACAUCUAAUUCAACACAAACUUUUUCUGUUACCAUGUCAAACCAACAACAGCCUCAAACCAUUUCCUUAAAUGGACAGCUCUUUGCUUUGCAGCCUAUGAUGUCUUCAUCAGGAACUACAAAUCAAACCCCUAUGCAAAUUAUUCAACCCACCACCAGCGAAGAUCCAAAUACCAAUGUUGCCCUGAAUACAUUUGGUGCUUUGGCCAGCCUCAAUCAAAGCAUAUCACAGAUGGCUGGGCAAAGCUGUGUACAACUGUCCAUUAGCCAGCCUUCCAAUCCUCAAACUGCUGCAAAUAGUCAAACCACCCCAGCUAACUGUGUUUCACUAACAACAACUGUAGCACCUCCCAUGACGACAGAUAAUUCAGCCAUGCUACCCAGUACUUACAGUCUUGUGACCACUUCCUCAAUGAACACUGUCCCUUGUUUGCCACCUACUGUGAAGUCAAAAAGAUUAAAUAAGAAGCCAGGUGCCAAGAAAUACUUAGCAGCUAACAAACCAGCGUGCCCCCUGAAUCCAGGCAGAGAUGUGGGCAAGUUAGAGUGCCCUAGCACCGAAGGCUCAGGAGAGCCAUCAUCUAGUGACGGACUGCUGGAAAGCCUCCCUGUUGUCCUACCAUCUGUUGCUGUGUCCCAGGCAAAUAGUGUUUCUGCUUCACAUUCUUUGGACGUUCUAAAUUCUGAGUCCAUAAUUCCUGAGUCUGUGUCCAAAUCCAAGUCAGAGGAAGAGUCUAGCUCACCCUCCCAAGAAUCUGAAACAAGUGAACGUUUUUCAGUGGGCCCAGCAAAAUCCAAAGAUUCUACCCCUGUUUUGCAACAAGAGACAUCUCAGGAUAAACCAACUAGUGUGUUGUCAGAUACUACCAAGUCCUGUGCUUCAGCCAAUGUGCUAAUUCCAUCUCCAAAUGAUCCUCAGAUUUUUGUUUCUCAGGUUUCUGGUUUGUCAUCCACCACAAGCACUACAAGUACUGACUGUGUUUCUGAGGUAGAAAUCGUCACAGAACCUUGCCAGGUCCAGAAAGACUCACCAGACACAAUGCAAACUGCAGGUCUCUUAAAGGGACAGGGUCUAACUACAUUGCUGUCUGAUCUUACUAAAGAAAAAGACCUUCAGAAAUCAUCUCUUUCUAUCCAGAUGGAUCAUCCUGAUUUUCCUUCAGAAACUUCUAAGAUAGUUGAUUCCAGUGUCGAUUUACAUCCCAAACAGGAACUAUUACUGAUGAACAACGAUGAUAGAAAUCCACCACAGCAUCAUCCCUGCCUCCCCGAUCAGGAAGUUAUUAAUGGUUCUUUGCUCACCAGUAGGCAGGCCGACUCUCCCAUGUCAACCAGCUCUGGCAGUAGUCGGAGUUUCUCAGUUGCAUCCAUGCUUCCUGAAACAGCUAGGGAAGAUGUGACCAGCAGUGUGACAACUAAUACGUGUGAUAGCUGUACCUUUGCAGAACAAACUGAUAUAGUAGCUCUUGCAGCAAGAGCCAUUUUUGACCAGGAGAACAUUGAGAAGGGAAGGGUUGGCAUCCAGGCUGAUACAAGGGAAGUUACUUCAAAGCCUUCCGAAACAUCAUCUUUGGAGGGAGAUCAGCCUUUCAAAUCACAGAUCCCUAAAGAGAAUGGCACAGGGCAUGCAGAAGCAACACCAAAUGAAUUUGACUCUCAGGAUUCAGUUGAAGUAACAGUGGAUCGGCCCCUUGAAAAACCAAGUUGUUCUCUAGGAAUUAAAACAUCAAAUGCCUCCUUACAGGUUUCAGCUUCUCAGCCACCAAGCCUCACCAGCUUAAGUGUAAAUAAUCUUAUCCAUCAGAGCAGCAUCAGCCAUCCUCUGGUCAGCUGUGCAGGGUUAGCCCAAACUUCAGAGCAAGCAACUAUUCCCACAACAGUUAAUCUUACUGUUUCAUCCAGCUCCUAUGGCAGCCAGCCUCCUGGACCAUCUCUGAUGACAGAGUAUUCCCAAGAACAGCUAGAUACUAUGUCUACUACCAUACCAAAUUCACAGAUUCAAGAGCCCCUCUUAAAAGCAAGUCAUGAAAGCCGUAAAGAUUCUGCUAAGCGCACUGUCCAGGAUGAUCUCUUACUAUCUUCAGCCAAACGUCAAAAGCAUUGUCAGCCAGCCCCCCUCAGGCUUGAAAGUAUGCCUUUGAUGAGCCGAACUCCAGACAGCAUUUCUGAUCAAACUCAGAUGAUAGUUAGUCAAAUCCCUCCCAACUCUUCAAACUCAGUUGUGCCUGUCAGCAGCUCAACACAUGGAGAGGGCCUCACACGAUUAUUUCCACCUGGUAACAACUUUGUGACUCCUACUUUGAGGCAAACUGAAGUUCAGUGUAGUUCUCAGCCUUCGGUUGCUGAGCAGCAGCAGCAGCAACAACAAACCCAGGCAAAUCAACAUCUGCAGGCCCUGCAGCAGCAUGUUCCAGCUCAAGGGGUCUCUCACCUUCACAGUAACCAUCUGUAUAUCAAGCAGCAGCAGCAACAGCAGCAAGCAGGGCAGUUAAGAGAGAGGCAUCACUUGUAUCAACUACAGCAUCAUGUAUCUCAUGCAGAGAGUGCUGUCCACUCCCAGCCCCACAGCGUGCACCAACAGAGAACUCUACAACAAGAAGUUCAGUUGCAGAAAAAGAGGAAUCUCGUCCAGGGCACUCAGGCCUCUCAGCUUUCCCUACAACCAAAGCACCAUGCAACCGACCAGUCCCGACCCAAAAGUGGUCAGCCACAUCCCCACCAUCAACAGAUGCAGCAACAGAUGCAGCAACACUUUGGAAGUUCCCAGCCAGAGAAGAGCUGUGAAAACCCUUCAAGUAGUCGGAACCACCAUAGCCAUCCCCAGAACCAUCUCAGUCAAGAUAUUAUGCACCAGCAGCAAGAUGUUGGAAGCAGACAGCCAGGUUCUGGGGUUUCUUCAGAACAUGUAUCUGGGCAUAAUCCAAUGCAGAGACUUUUGCCAUCAAGAGGCUUAGAGCAGCAAAUGGUGUCGCAACCAAGUAUUGUGACUAGACCUUCAGACAUGGCCUGUACUCCACACAGGCCAGAGAGAAAUCGAGUUUCAAGUUACUCUGCUGAGGCACUCAUUGGAAAGACAUCUUCUAAUUCAGAGCAGAGAAUGGGUAUAUCGAUUCAGGGUUCCAGAGUUUCGGAUCAACUUGAAAUGAGAAGCUAUCUUGACGUUCCCAGAAAUAAGAGCGUGGCUAUUCAUAGUAUGCAGGGUCGUGUGGACCACACUGUUGCUGCAGAUAUCCGCCUUUCUGAUUGUCAGACAUUUAAGCCAAGUGGAGCCAGUCAGCAGUCCCAGGGUAAUUUUGAAGUACAGUCUUCAAGAAAUAAUGAAAUAGGUAACCCUGUAUCAUCGUUGAGGAAUAUGCAGUCCCAGGCUUUUCGAAUUAGUCAAAACACUGGCCCACCACCAAUCGACCGUCAAAAGAGAUUACCUUAUCCUCCAGUUCAGAGCAUCCCAACAGGGAAUGCUAUCCCACCAAGGGACAGUGAAAAUACAUGUCACCAAAGUUUCAUGCAGAGUUUGCUUGCCCCUCACCUUGGUGAUCAGGUCAUUGGGAGCCAGAGGUCACUCUCAGAGCAUCAGAGGAAUACACAGUGUGGUCCAUCUUCUGCAAUUGAAUAUAAUUGUCCACCAACUCAUGAAAAUGUUCAUAUUAGAAGAGAGAGUGAGAGUCAGAAUAGGGAAAGUUGUGACAUGUCUUUAGGUGCAAUUAACACCAGGAACAACACCUUGAAUAUUCCUUUUUCAAGUUCUUCUUCUUCUGGAGAUAUUCAAGGUCGAAACACAAGUCCCAAUGUUUCUGUACAGAAGUCCAAUCCCAUGAGGAUUACUGAUAGUCAUGGGACCAAGGGCCACAUGAACCCUCCUGUCACAACCAAUAUGCACGGGGUUGCAAGGCCAGCUUUGCCACACCCAUCUGUGUCUCAUGGAAAUGCUGACCAAGGGCCUCCUGUACGUCAAGCUAACUCUUCAGUUCCCCAGAGAUCAAGGCAUCCCAUGCAAGACAGCAGUGGUUCCAAAAUUCGUCAGCCUGAAAGGAAUCGCUCUGGAAACCAAAGGCACAGUAAUGUCUUUGAUCCAAGUCUUCCCCAUCUUCCUCUCUCUACUAGUGGUAGUAUGAUUCUUGGACGUCAACAACCUGCUACAGAGAAGAGAGGAAGUAUUGUUCGUUUCAUGCCUGAUAGUCCCCAAGUACCUAAUGACAAUUCAGGUCCUGACCAGCAUACGCUGUCACAAAAUUUUGGUUUUCCUUUUAUUCCUGAGGGUGGCAUGAAUCCACCAAUAAAUGCUAAUACUUCUUUCAUUCCACAGGUUACUCAGCCUAGUGCCACUCGAACUCCAGCCCUCAUUCCAGUAGAUCCCCAAAAUACUUUAUCCUCCUUCUAUCCCCCAUAUUCUCCUGCUCAUCCUACUCUGUCCAAUGAUAUAUCGAUCCCCUAUUUUUCUAAUCAAAUGUUCUCCAAUCCUAGCACAGAGAAAGUAAACAGUGGAAGUUUAAAUAACCGAUUUGGAUCAAUUUUAUCUCCUCCCAGACCUGUUGGCUUUGCUCAACCUAGUUUUCCUCUUCUCCCGGAUAUGCCACCAAUGCACAUGACCAACUCUCACUUAUCCAACUUUAAUAUGACAUCUUUGUUUCCAGAAAUAGCAACAGCUCUUCCUGAUGGCUCAGCAAUGUCACCUUUGCUUACAAUAGCGAACUCCUCUGCCUCUGACUCUUCUAAGCAAUCCUCAAACAGACCCGCCCACAACAUAAGCCAUAUUUUAGGUCAUGAUUGCAGUUCAGCUGUUUAAAUACAGAUGAACUAAGUGUAAAGGUAUUGGGUGAGAUAACAAGUGUACUUGUAUGUGCAUUCAACAUACAUGUGCUUCGAGAGAGAGUGUGUGUGUGUGUGUGUGUGUGUAAAAUCAUUUUUCAGUUAGCUUCUGAUUGUAGGGAAUCCGUGGCAGAGAUGAUGCAAAUACUGGGUUGUCAGAGAGAAGCCAUCUUUUAAUUUUAACUGCAUCAUGUGCUUUUUUAUCUUCAAAGCAGAUUUACUUCCAAGUUUGAUUUGUAAUAUUAUAUUCCCUGAAUACUAAUCAACUGGACGUUGAUAAGAGAUGAUCUUGGCAUGUUCUGGAUGGUCGGUAGGGGCUGAAACUUUCAACUUGAUUAUUGACAAUGUGUGUAAAAUAGAUAGUUGAGUUGCAAUCCAAAAAUCUAGGCAACCUGAUAGAACAUGAUGGCACAAAACAGAAUGCUAGCCGAUGUCAGCAUCUGGAACAAUUCCUUACCCAUGGCAGGUGUUGAAUUGAUAUUGAAUUGAGUGCCCAUAGUUAAACUCAAUGAGUUAGCAAAUAAAUGAAUUAUUUAAUCAGCUUUUAUCCCCAAGAUUUGGUGUGGGUAGAGACUUCUUUCUUAAUUGUAGUUAUUUAUAAAUUAGCUGAAUUUUAUUUCUUAGGCUUCAAAGUAGGAAGCCACGUUAUCCUCUAAUGUGCCAAGGUCCUUUAAAACAAAAGUCUUCCUUAAACACUUAGCCUGAAAAAUAGAAAGCUGAACGGUAGAGCGCAUAAGUGUUCUCCAUUCUGUACUUGCAUUUUACAUCAGGCCAUAAAGAUAAAAGCAGUUACAUUGUGGAGUUCUUCACGGACCCAGAUAACCGUUAGUAUUUCAUCUGUUGAGUUUUGAUUUGAUAUUCUUUCUUCAUUCUAUGUAUUUGAUCUUGAAAUAAAUUCUUUUCCAUUCAUUUAAAUGUCAGGACAUUUAUAAUCUACACAUUUAUUUGAGCCUUACUUUUAAAACAUUUCUGAACAGAGUUUUAAGCUCUCGGUAUUUUCAUUUACUGAUACUUAUAUUUUAAAUAUGGCAUUGUGUAUCACAUCAUUAUCCUUAGUAACAAUUACAAUGAGAAAAUGAAUUUGUUAUUUUUCUUGAUGGCAGGUGUGAAAUGGUGCUUCAAAAACUUAGGGUUUAAGUAUGUCCAUGUGUACAUGUAUGUGAGUAUAUGUGAAAACAGAUUUUAAAGUAUAACUUGGUCUUAACUAUUCCACAGUGUAUAUAUACUUCAAAAUAUGACAUGCACAAUAAAUACAUAUCUUAUGUUGAUUAAGAACAAAUAAAUAAAUUUGAGCAAAAAAAGGCCUGCCAUCUGAAAGUGGGAAAUUGAGACCUGCUAAAGAAUAGAAAAACUUGAUGUAGAUGGUUUUUUUAGCCCCUCCCCCCCCAACUGAAGUUAAUAAUUUUAAAA